AUGAGUGCCGCCAAGUCGUACGAGGGCUCGGCCCAGCUCAUUGAUGGCAACGCCAUUGCAAAGGAGAUCCGUCAGAACAUCCAUGCCGCCAUCACCGAGCUCCAGGCCAAGGAGCGGUCAUUCAAGACGCCCGUGCUCAACAUUUACCAGCUCGGGUCGGACCCGGCGUCCUCAACGUACAUCCGCAUGAAGCUCAAGGCGGCCGAGGAGUCGGGCAUGAAGGUUGAGCACAUCCAGGUGCCCGCGGACAGCGAGGUCGAGGGUGCGGCCAAGGGCACCGGUGUCCGCAAGCUCCUUGACCUUGUGCACAAGGCCAACGAGGACGAGAAGGUUGCCGGUAUCCUUGUCCAGCUCCCCCUUCCCGGCGCGAGCAAGGAGGAGGAGAAGAAGGUCGUUGAGUCCAUCUCCGUCGGCAAGGACGUCGACGGCUUCCACCCCGAGAACAUUGGCCUGCUCUCGGGCCGCCUUACCGAGCCCCACUUCACCCCGUGCACGCCCGCCGGCAUUGUUCGCCUCAUUGACUCGACUGGCUUCGACCUCAAGGGCGCCAAUGUCGUCGUGCUCGGCCGCUCGGACAUUGUUGGUACCCCCACGUGCGCGCUUCUCCGCAAGCGCGACGCGACAGUCACCCAGUGCCAUUCGAAGACUGUCGGCCUCCCUGAUAUUGUUCGCCAGGCCGACGUUGUCGUCGCUGCCAUCGGCCAGGGCCAAUUCGUCAAGGGCGACUGGAUCAGGCCCGGCGCCAUCGUCAUUGACGUCGGCACCAACUUCAUCCCUGACGCGAGUAAGAAGUCGGGCCAGCGCAUGGUCGGCGAUGUCGACUUCCCCGCCGCCUCCAACGUCGCUGGCUUCAUUACCCCUGUUCCCGGAGGUGUUGGCCCCAUGACUGUUGCCAUGCUCAUGAACAACACCUUCCGUGCCGCCAGACGCCAGUGGGAGAGCAGCCGCCAGCGCAAGCUCACUCCUCUGCCUCUGAACAUACUCCCUCAGGUUCCCUCGGACAUUGAGAUCGCCGUCGCGCAGACUCCCAAGCCUGUCGCUGACAUUGCCCGUGAGAUCGGUGUGCACGACGACGAGAUUGAGAGCUACGGCAAGUACAAGGCCAAGAUUGAGCUGUCGGUUCUUGAGCGUCUCCAGGAGCGCAAGGACGGCAAGUACAUUGUUGUUGCCGGUAUCACCCCCACUCCCCUUGGUGAGGGUAAGUCGACGACCACGAUUGGUCUCGCCCAGGCCCUCGGUGCCCACCUCCAGAAGACUGCCAUUGCCUGUGUCCGUCAGCCCUCGCAGGGCCCGACGUUCGGUGUCAAGGGCGGCGCCGCUGGCGGUGGUUACUCGCAGGUCAUCCCCAUGACCGAGUUCAACCUCCACCUCACUGGUGACAUCCACGCCGUCACUGCCGCCAACAACCUGCUCGCGGCGGCCAUUGACGCGCGCAUGUUCCACGAGUCGACUCAGACCGACAAGGCGCUCUUCAACCGCCUCUGCCCUCCCAAAAAGGGCGUGCGCUCGUUCGCCAAGCCUAUGCUCAAGCGCCUCGAGAAGCUCGGCAUCAACAAGACCAACCCGGCCGACCUCACCGAGGAGGAGGCUGCGCGCUUCGCCCGCCUCGACAUCGACCCCGCCACCAUCACCUGGAACCGCGUGCUCGACGUCAACGACCGCUACCUGCGCAAGAUCACCGUCGGCCAGGCUCCCACCGAGAAGGGCUUCACGCGCGAGACCGCCUUUGACAUUGCGGUCGCGUCCGAGGUCAUGGCCGUGCUUGCCCUCGCCACCGACGUCGCUGACAUGCGCGAGCGCCUUGGCCGUAUGGUCGUCGCUUCGUCCAAGAAGGGCGAGCCCAUCACUGCUGAGGACAUUGGCUGUGCUGGUGCCAUGGCCGUCCUCAUGAAGGAUGCCAUCAAGCCCACCCUCAUGCAGACGCUCGAGGGCACGCCUGUGUUUGUCCACGCCGGCCCCUUCGCCAACAUUGCCCACGGCAACUCGUCGAUUAUCGCGGACCGCAUCGCGCUCAAGCUCGCGGGUAUCGAGGAGGGCGACGCCGAGGACCGCAACGGCUACGUCAUCACCGAGGCUGGCUUCGGUGCCGACAUUGGCAUGGAGAAGUUCUGCAACAUCAAGACGCGCGUGUCGGGCCUGCGCCCCAACGCCGUUGUCCUUGUCGCGACCAUCCGUGCGCUCAAGAUGCACGGUGGUGGCCCGACCGUCUCGCCCGGCAAGCCCCUCGACCCUGUGUACUCGACCGAGAACCUCGAGCUGCUGCAGAAGGGUUGCGCCAACCUCGGCAAGCACAUUGAGAAUGCGAAGAAGUUCGGCCUCAAGGUCGUUGUCGCGAUCAACAAGUUCGUCUUCGACACCGAGGCCGAAAUGAAGCUUGUGCAGGACUUUGCGCUGCAGGCUGGCGCCGACUACGCCGUCCCGGCCAACCACUGGGCCAAGGGCGGUGAGGGCGCCGUCGAGCUCGCGCAGGCCGUCGUCGAGGCGUGCAAGGACGAGUCGCAGUUCAAGUUCCUGUACGACGUCAACCUGCCGCUCGAGGAGAAGAUGUCAAUCAUUGCGCGCGAGAUGUACGGCGCGGACGGCGUCGAGCUCUCGCCCGAGGCCAAGGCCGAGGUCGAGCGCUACGAGCGCCAGGGGUACGCGCACCUGCCGAUCUGCAUGGCCAAGACGGCCCUUUCGCUCUCGGACGACCCGAGCCGCAAGGGUGUGCCCACAGGCUUCACACUGCCGAUUCGCAACGUCCGCCUCUCGGCUGGCGCGAGCUUCGUCUACCCUCUUGUCGGCGACAUGUCGACCAUGCCGGGCCUGACGACGCGCCCUGGCUUCUACGACAUCGACCUGGACCCGGAGACGGGCGACAUCCUGGGCCUGUUCUAA